CGGCCUUGAGUGUGAUGACACGUCAGUUAUUUAACGAAAUGUUUUGUGUAUAUCUUGGAACAUCCAGGGAAUUCCUUUAUUCUUGUUUAUUCUCUUGUGUAUGUAUGUAAGUGCGUGCCACGAGAAUUUCGAGUGAUUUCGAGGUCAUUCGAGGAGUAACUUUCAUUUGAAGCGGUAUUGCUGGUAUUGCCCAACUGCCAGUAAUUUUCCACUGAAGAGAGAGGUCAGACAGGUGCCAUUAGCAUUAAACUGAAGAAGUCCGCGGCAGUACGAGGUCGUCCUGGCCAUCUUCGGAACAGCAUUGCUUGAAGGCCAUAAAAUAGAGGAAGAAGGUGCAUAUUCUUCGGUCUAGCAGCGUCAGCAAGUAAAUUUACGCGCGAUACGUUUUGGGAGCUUCUGAAAACGCAUUAAGACAGGAUGACGAAGAAAGGAAAGAAGAAGAAGCAGGCAGCAGCAGCAGCAGCAGCAGAUGUUGCUGCUGCAUCAACCUCACAAGAUGAGAAGAAAGAAACUUCAGGGCAAGCACUUCCUGGUUCAUCACAGCAGGAGUCUAAGGCUCCACAACAGCAACAGAAAGUAGCUAAAGGUCCACAAAAGCAGCAAAGCCCACCACAACAACAGCAGCCGCCACAACUACAAGGAGCAUGGGCUUCACGCCAGCAAGCACCUCAACCGUCACAGCAAGUACCCCAAGUACAGCAACAAACAGCACAGGUUCCAUGGCAACAGCCACAGCAAGCACAAGUACCACAAACAGCAUGGGUUCCGCAACAACAAGUAUCUCAAAGCCAACUACCGCAACAGCAAGGAGCACAGGGUAUUCAACAGCCACAGCAAAUACCGCCAACAGCAUGGGCUCCGCGACAAGUACCCCAAAGCCAACUACCGCAACAGCAGCAGCAAGGAGCACAGGGUUUCCAACAGCCACAGCAAGUGCCGCAAGUACAGCAACAAACAGCACAGGUUCCAUGGCAAAAGUCACAGCAAGCACAAAUACCGCAAACAGCAUGGGUUCCGCGACAACAAGUACCCCAAAGCCAACUACCGCAACAGCAACAACAAACAGCAUGGGGUCCGCGUCAACAAGCACCUCAAAGUCAAUCACUGCAACAUCUGCAGCAAGUACCACAAGCAGCAUGGGGUCCGCGACAACAAGCACCUCAAAGUCAAUCACCGCAACAUCCACAGCAAGUACCACAAACAGCAUGGGGUCCGCGACAACAAGCACCUCAAAGUCAAUUGCCGCAACAUCCACAGCCAGUACCACAAGCAGCAUGGGGCCCGCAACAACAAGCACCUCAAAGUCAAUUGCCGCAACAUCCACAGCAAGUACCACAAACAGCAUGGGGUCCGCGACAACAAGCACCUCAAAGUCAAUUACCGCAACAUCCACAGCAAACAGCAUGGGGUUCGCGACAACAAGUACCUCAAGGACAAUUACCGCAACAGCAACAAGGAGCACAACGUCAGCAAAAAGCUUCAACUGAAAUUGGUGGUGCUGGUGAUCAUCGACAAGUACCGACAGGUGGUAGUGGUAUACACCAACAGCAACCAGUAUCUGAGCUUGGUAUGACAGAUCCAUUCCGCUCACAAAUAACUGAAAAGUCAAAAAUGACAUCUGCUCAAUUGACGUCAUAUUAUAACAUGAUACCAAAGAGAACAAAUCCUGCGAAAGGUGGAUCAGUAGGGGUGCCAGUUAGAGUAUGGACAAAUAUGUUCAAGAUUAUAUUUGACGAUAAGUUUAUAACGAACGCAGUCCAUUAUGAUAUUGACAUCAAACCGUAUAAAGAGAAAGAGGACAAAAAGAAAGCUAAUAAAAAGGAACUAAAUCUUCCCAAACCUUUAUGUAGAAGUAUUUUUGAAAAAUGUAGAAAUAAGCAUUUUAAGAAUAGAUAUCCGGCAUAUGAUGGGAAGAAAAAUGCGUAUAGCGCGAAUGAUCUUCCUAUCGAUGAUAUGGCUGAUGUUUUCGAGCACGAAAAUCCAGAGGGACGCAGGAACAGAUAUCAAAUUGUUAUAAGGAAAGUAGCUACCGUUGACCUUAGCUGGAUAAAAAAUUUGAGACCUGGUCGUCUGGAAGAGAGAGAUCAAACUUCCGUACAAGUUUUAGAUAUAAUUAUGCGUCAUGCACCGGAAUCCCAGUUUAUUACCAUCGGAAAGUCACUCUACUGGGAUAUAAAUGAGAAUGAACCAUUAGGUGGUGGCUUAGCUCUAGGGCGCGGUGGAUUUAUGUCUGGGGUACUUGGCUGGAGUCCGUAUCUAAAUGUAGAUGUUUCUCAUAAAGGAUUUACCAUGAAGCAAAGAGUACUUGACUAUAUAGCUGAAGUUUUAAGGGUCAGAGAAGACAACAUUACUUACGAUGAUGUCAUGCGUGAAUCUAAGAUACAAAGUUUUUUGAGAGGCUUAAAAGUGACUUAUGAAAUACCCAACGUAUCGAGGCGGACGCAUCGCAUAAUUAAAUUGAGCCAUAACGAUUGUAAUACAGAAUUCAAACAGGAAUCAUCAGAUGGAACAAUAUCAAAAACAACAACAAUAAAAAAAUACUUUUGGGAGUCCAAGAAAUAUAAUAUACGAAGGGCUAAUUUGCCUACUCUUCAUGUGAGCACAAAGUCUGACGGAAGUGAAAUUUUGCUGCCUAUCGAAUUAUGCACUAUUAUGCCGAAUCAGCCUAUUAGAAAGCUGGACGAAGAGCAAACUACAAACAUGAUCAGAAAAGCAGCAACUGAUGCGUUUACCCGUAAAAGAAGAAUAGAGGAAGCGUUCAGCAAAAUCCAAGUUAACGGAAGUCCUGUCAUGUCAAGAGAGUUUCAUCUAUCUGUCCGCCCAGAAAUGGAAGACGUACAGGCCAGAGUUUUACCUGCUCCAGAAUUGAGAUAUGCCAAAGGAAAGGCACAAGUAAGACGAGGGACAUGGAAUAUUCAACCGUUUAACGAAGCCAAACAUUUGGAGAAGUCAACGUGGACUAUUGUCAAUUUGUCUGGAAUGCCAAACCUGGAGCCUACUAUGCGAGAAUUCGCGCUAAUGUUGCAAGCUACUGCAAAGGAAGUUGGUAUGAUAAUUGAUCAGCCUCGUCCAUUUGAUCAUUUUAGAUUAAACGAAUUAGAUAAAAUUACAAAAUUCUUCAUUGACAAUAAGAAGUUAAAAUUAAUAAUAGUUAUCAUACCUAAUCGUACAGACGUAAUGUAUGGUAAAGUAAAAAAGAUUACCGAGAUGGAUGUUGGUGUUUUAACACAAUGUAUAAAACUUCAAACUUUGAGGAGAUGUCAAGUAGCGACAGUAAGGAACAUACUGCUAAAAAUAAACUCAAAAUUAAAUGGCGUCAAUCACAUAUUUGAUAGAAUGCCAGCAUGUCUGAAUGAAAAAUAUCCUUGUAUGCUUGUUGGCGCCGACGUGACUCAUCCGUCUCCCGAUUCUAAAGAUUCACCAUCUAUAGCAGCGGUUGCUGCAAGUAGAGAUAAAUCAGCUUUCCGAUAUAAUGUUGCACUUAGACUUCAACAACCCAAAGAAGAAAUGAUUUUAGAUCUUGAAGAAAUAAUACUAACGCAACUUAGAGUUUAUAUGCAAGAAACAAAAUGUUGUCCAAAGAGAAUCGUCUAUUAUCGAGACGGAGUGAGCGAGGGACAACUUCCACAAGUUAUGUAUUAUGAAAUAGGAGCUAUUAAAAAAGCGGUUACUAGAUUCACUCGCAGCGGUAUUGAAAUUAAUUGCUUGGUCGUUCAGAAGAGACACCAUGUGCGUCUCUUCCCUAAGUCCAAAGAUAUACGUGACACCGAGGACACAAGAAAUUAUAACGUGAAAGCGGGUACAAUUGUCGACACGACUAUUACCCAUCCAGAGCACAUUGAUUUUUAUCUCGUAUCACAUGCGAGUAUUCAGGGUACAGCGAGGCCUACAAAAUACAGAUGCAUCUUCAACGAAUCCAACUUUACCGAAGAUCAGAUUGAAGAGUUGACAUAUUAUCUUUGUCAUAUAUAUGCCCGCUGUGCAAGAGCGGUAAGCUAUCCGGCGCCUACCUAUUAUGCUCAUUUAGCAGCUUAUCGUGGAAGAGCCUUGAUACAAGGGAACAGAGACUUUAGGUUGAGUGACUUGGAAAGGGAACAGAGAAACUUUAUAAUAAGAAUGGGAGAAUCACCAAUGUUUUUUGUUUAAGGAUAGAUAUUCAUGAUUUUUGAAGGAUUUCCGAGAAUCGCUUUGUAGUUGAGACAUAAUGUCCAACCGAUACAUAUUAUAGUUAUAACAAAUUACAAAUAUUUUACUUUUAUAAUUAAAUAAAUUGUUCUUUAUUAACUUUAACUUUAACUAUAGCAUCUCACAAAAAAAGCGCGCUUUUAUCGAAAAAGACAGUUCAGAAUAUGGGCCUAUGACUAUAUGAUGAAAUGUAUAAUCAUAUGUGCGCUUUGUAUCUUUACAUCCACAUAUAAAUUAAAUAGCCUUGGGAAUAAGGUUUACUAAUUGUAAUUUUUAAUAGAAAGUUAUUCAAAUGUCUAGACAAUAGUUAUUGCACAUGCAAUGAUAUGCUGACGUCGUACUGCGGUAGUACUAUAUCCAACUUUUAUGAUCUGUAUCUUCACGUUUGAGAAUAUAAAAUUUAUUUGUAAAGAAUUAUAUUUAAGAUCAUGUACUCGUUAAAAAAGGAACAAAUAAAUGGCGUUUAUACGAAAA